CAUAAGAGGAAACUGACAUGCAUACACAAGCCAAAGCCAAAGCCAAAAUGCUCAGUGAAACUCUAAUUGAUUGUUUGUUAAUCUUGUUCACCACCAUCACUAGCAAUUGUCAUAAUGUCAUCUCUAUUUGAACUUUCAAAAACAAGAACAUUCAAACCAAAAAGAAAUAUACCCGAAGGUACAAAACAAUAUCAACUCAAACGUUAUGCAGAAGCAACUUUAGGAUCGGGUAAUCUACGCAGAGCUGUAAUUCUACCUGAUGGAGAAGAUUUAGAUGAAUGGUUAGCAGUCAAUACUGUAGACUUUUUCAAUCAUAUUAACAUGCUUUAUGGAACAAUUACAGAAUUCUGCAUUCCAUCCGAAUGUCCAACGAUGAGCGCAGGUGCACGAUAUGAAUACCACUGGCAAGACAGUAACUCAGCCGAGUAUCGUAAGCCAACAAGGAUGAGCGCUCCCGAUUAUAUUGAUUGUUUGAUGACUUGGACACAAGCAAUGUUGGAUAACGAAGAAAUCUUUCCAUCAAAAGUCGGUGUUUCUUUCCCGUCGAAUUUCCAAGCUACAGUCAAAUCCAUCUUGAGAAGGUUAUUCCGUGUUUAUGCUCAUAUCUACAACCAUCACUUCGCACAGAUUUGCGCAUUGAGCUUGGAAGCCCACCUCAACACAAGCUACCGACACUUCCUCCUAUUCAUCAACGAAUUCCAGCUCGUUGAUCCCAAAGAACUAGCACCUUUGGCAGAAUUGAAUGAAGCCAUCUUGGAUGAGAACGCUGCAUGAUAUAUUUCUAACCACCUUUCUCCUUUUGUACUGGUACGUGAACGACUCGAAACGAUCUUCUCAAUGCUUUUGAUCUUAUACCUUCUUUUGGAAAUAAAUAUGAUUACAUGGUAAUACAUUUACACUACAACUCUGA